AUGAAGGAGAUGGAGGAAGGGGAACGGGAGAAUGGCUGGGAGAGGAUUUUCAGUCGAUUUGGGAAACUAGUGGGGGUGCAUCUUCCCAAGGAUUAUGUUCGAAGGAGAUCUAGAGGAUACACAUUUGUGACAUUCUACUAUGAGCAAGAGGCAUUUAGUGCAGCGAACUGCCUCCACGGGAGGAGACUAGAUGGUCGGAUCGUCUCCCUAGCUUGGGCAAAGAGCUCAUUCGCAAUAACAGGACAUGGUCGGAGGGAUAGCUCUGUUCGCCAACAGAGGGCUGAGCCUAUUAGGUAUUUCAGAUUGGACCUUGCUAGAAAUCAGAGAGUGAACACACAAGAGUCUUAUGCGUCGGUAACCAAGGUUUCCCAUCCUCCAGGUAAGAACCCUAUCCCGUCCCUUACUGCUGAGGCCCCUCUAAUCACGGAGGGUUCCAAGUCCUUGAUUCAAACCGAUACCCAGCAGGUAGAUCUGAUGGAGCAAGGUUUAGCCCUAGCUCUCAUUGCAUUUUGUUCUCAAGAGGUCUCCGUACUCCGCUUAGUAGAUGUAUUUUGA